AUGCUUCAAGAUUUCUCUAACCCUCCACAACAAGGAAGAAAUAAUCGAGAUGAAAGAUGGGAAGCAAGAAGGAAAGCAAAGCUAGGGCUAGACUCUGCUUCAAUUCCAUCUUCUGUCGUCCCCCCUCAACCUUUAAGUCUUCAACAAGACUCUUUCAUGAAUUUUCCACCCCCAAAAGAAUUCCCUCAAAACUCCCAACAAUUUCAAGCGCCUCCUGACCCCCAAUAUGCUCCUAUAAAUGAGCCUCCAAGCUAUAACCCCCAAGGCUAUGACUAUCCAUCUCCACUGCCUCCAAUGCAAGCCCAAGUCCGUCAAAGUUUCGAUCAGUUUCAAUCUCCCCAACAAAAUGCGUCUAGAAAUCAGCCUCCCCCUGGCAACAGUUUUUUUACGAAUCCUAUAAGUGAAGCAGAUGAAAGACGCCGGAAAGUGCAAGAAGAAUACCGAGCUCAGGUACAAUAUGAUAUUGCUAAUAAAUCCAGAAGACAAGAUGAUUAUUCACAAGAAGGUUAUAUCCCAAGCCAAAAAAACCGACCUCAUAGUAGAAGCCAAAUCCCAAUGAUGCAAAUAACUGAACAACAGCAAAUGGAAAUUGAUAGGAAAAAGCAAUACCAAAUGGAGUUGCAAAGGCAGAUGCAGGAAAGGGAAACUCAGAAAAAAAGGAAUAGAGGAGGGGGAGGAGAUGAAAAACAAGCGGAUUAUUUCCCUUUUGGGAAGCCUGGGGCAGGAGCUCCUUUUAGAGACUCUUCUGGGAAUAUUAUAGCUGUGAGGCCACCUAAGUAUAAUGAAAAUGAUCCUAAGUUUUUGAAACCUGUUGAUUUUUAUACAAAGCUUGGAGCGACUGGAACUGAUCCUUCUCAAAGAGGCCAAAUGCAAGUUUCUGCUUCUCAAGCGCAGCUGAUGACUGACCCUUAUUACCAGAAUUCAAGAGCUCCUUACCAAGAUCAAUAUUAUGAUCCUCGAUCAGGGAUGCCUCCUCCAGGUGACUAUUAUCAAGAGCCCAUGUAUCAGCCCAAAUUUCCACCACCUCAAUCAUAUUCUCCUAUGGCUUCUCAAGUCCCAAGUAUGCCUCCUGAUUAUCCUCCACAAGGUAUGCCAUUCCAACAAGUCCCUCCACCACCAAUGUAUCCUCCUCCCCAGCCUAUAGACAUCCCUCAGCCCAACCCAACAAUCCCAAUAAUGGUUGAAUCUCAAGUCGAAUAUGAAAAACUAGCAGAAAAAGGCAAAAAAAUUGAGCUUGGAAGAGCCCUUCAAGAACAAAUGGAAGAGAGAAGACGCAAAAAAGAAGAAGAAAGGCGACAAAAGAUUUUGGAAGAAAGACUUGAAGAAGAACGCCUUGAAAAGCAGCGUCGAGAGCUUGAAAUGGAAUUUUUAAGAGAAGGCGAAAAAAAGAAAAAACAAUUACAAGAUUUAGAAAAAUUUAAUGCCAUGAAUGCACAGAAUAUAGUCGUUGCAGCCCCGCCUAAAAGAGAAAGAAGGGUAAGGACACCAAUUGAUAUGCCACCUGUAGAGCCUCCAAGAUCUCCACCGAAAUCUCCUCCUAUUAGAAAAGAAGAGAUCAGGAUAGAAAGAGUCACAAACGAAGUCCCAAUUGAAGUAACAAAGCAUCUGCAGUCUCAGAUGGACAAUGAAAUAUGGAAGAUCAGGAAUGAAAUGGGCCACCAGCAGAAUGAGCUGAAAGAUGCCAUUGUCAAACUUAAAGGUGAAGCUCAGCUUGCUAAUGAACAAAGAUAUGCGGCCCAGAGAGAUCUUGAUAGAAUGAGAGAAGAGAUGAAACAAAGACACUUAGAUGAAGAAAUAAGACAAAAAGAAUUGUACAUGGCGAUUGUAAAUAACAGACUGCCUAAGCCAGAUACAAAUACAAGGCUUCCUCCAUAUCAGCCACUACCUUUGAACCCUCCAAUUGGAAAAGGAGACGCUUCGCUAUCUUUAGACUACGCAGCAAGAAGUCUUAACAGCGACAGCAAGUUUAUUCCUCUGGCUAACCCAGACAUAAAAUUCCCCACAAAGCCUAACAUCCCUCCAGCAGGCUCCCAGCCAGACAACAUAAAAGCUCUCAAACUUGACACCCUUUUCCCUUCACUUCCAGAAGGUGGCCCAGCCAACAUUUCAAUGGACGCUUUUCAGACCGCAAACUCAAGUCUUGGACUUGACUAUAUUAACAAGAAAAAUGAAGAAAGACUUAGCGCCCUUGACAAGAUCGAAUCAGGAGCUUCAGACGAGCUGAAUAAGCUUGACGACCUCCUUUUCAAGUACCUUGAAAACGACACCAAGCCUGCCUCCAGAGCUUCUAAGCUUCCUUCCCGAGGAUUUAAGCUUGAUAGCAUCCAAGAAGAUUUUAACGAAGCUUCUCUCAGCUUGCCCCGCUCUCAGAACUCCCAAGGGUCUAUGAAAUAUGGCCUGAACGAGAGCAGUGUUUAUUAG